AUUCUCCUUACUCCUUUGGUGAAAACUGAUAUAAGAUGGCCACAAAUAAGCCCAAGGGUCAGAAUUCUUUGGCCUUACACAAAGUCAUCAUGGUGGGCAGUGGUGGUGUUGGCAAGUCCGCUCUGACUCUGCAGUUCAUGUAUGAUGAGUUUGUGGAGGACUAUGAGCCUACCAAAGCAGACAGCUAUCGGAAAAAGGUAGUGCUGGAUGGGGAGGAAGUGCAGAUCGAUAUCUUGGAUACAGCUGGGCAGGAGGACUACGCUGCCAUUAGAGACAACUACUUCCGGAGCGGGGAAGGUUUCCUCUGUGUGUUCUCUAUUACAGAAAUGGAAUCCUUUGCAGCCACAGCUGACUUCAGGGAGCAGAUUUUAAGAGUAAAAGAAGAUGAGAAUGUUCCAUUUCUGCUGGUUGGUAACAAAUCAGAUUUAGAAGAUAAAAGGCAGGUUUCUGUAGAAGAGGCAAAAACCAGAGCUGAUCAGUGGAAUGUUAACUAUGUGGAAACAUCUGCUAAAACACGAGCUAAUGUUGACAAGGUAUUUUUUGAUUUAAUGAGGGAAAUUCGAGCCAGAAAGAUGGAAGAUAGCAAAGAAAAGAAUGGAAAAAAGAAAAGGAAAAGUUUAGCCAAGAGAAUCAGAGAAAGAUGCUGCAUUUUAUAAUCAAAGCCCAAACUCCUUUCUUAUCUUGACCAUACUAAUAAAUAUAAUUUAUAAGCAUUGCCAUUGAAGGCUCAAUUGACUGAAAUUACUUUAACAUUUUGGAAAUUGUUAUGUAUCACUAAAAGCAUGAAUUGGAACUGCACUGAAAGUCAGAUUCGCUUUAAAAAGAAAUUAAUGUGGCUUCACAAGAAGCAAAGUUCAACUUACUUCAUAAUUGCCUACAUUAUCACGAUCCUGAAUGUAAUGUAUGAGCUUGUGUUUUGAGGGCAGUCUUUACGAAACUGUUAAAGGGGUGCGCUGGGGGUGGAGAGUGGGAGGUAAAGCUAUUUUAUAUCAUUUUAAAAUGUUGUGGUCUCCUACUGCCUUGAAAAUGACAAUUGUGAACGAUAGUUAAACUGUACCACUUUUUUAAACCAUUAUUAUGCAAAAUAUAGAAGAAAAGUUAGUGGCAUGAUUGUUGCAUAUAGUUAUGAGAGUAAUUUAUCUGUGAACCGGCAUUAAUUACCUGGUGAUUGACCUAGAAGAGUGGUGUAAACUUGCACAUGGACAUUUUUAAAUAUGCCUUAAUUUAGAAACUAAAAAUACCCAGUUCCAUCAUUCUGGGUGUGUCCUCCUUGGUGCCAUGGGCCAUUACCCCGUGUGUCCUGGUGAGAGACUCUAUACCUGGUAAGGAAUACAAAGGUUCUUGAGAAGUAACUGCUAGGGAGUCUGUUCAAAUUUAAAAUGUGUGCCAUACUCUGGUUCUUCAAAGUAAGCUUCCAGAGCUCCUGAAUGCUUUUAAUUAACAAUACGCGAGUUUAAAACGAAGGGCCAGCAUAUACCUGUAAGAUAAUUUUAGACUAUGAGGAUUCAGCACCAGUUACAUUUUAGUGAACCCUCUUUUUCUUUAAGAUGCUAGUCGCUGGAAAUCUCUUUCUGCAAGUGGUAAGCAUGUUAAGGUUUUUUCUCCUCGGAGCAAUCACAGGAAAAACAUCAGUAGCACGAAUGCAUUUUGCACUAGAACUUUGGGGAACUAUUCAUGCUUGCCACCUGUUAAAUUUUUUUUUCAUCUUCAUCACAGGAUAUGUUUUUAUUGAUUUUUAGAGGAAGGGGGAGGGAGGGAGAACCAUCGGUGUGAGAGAAAAACAUCCAUCAGCUGCCUCUCAUGUGAUUGCCCUGACUGGGAAUCGAACCUGUAACCUUUUGGUGUACAAGAUGACACUCCGACCAACUGAGCCACCCGGGAGGGCACCACCUGUUAAUUUUUAAACAUGUACUCAUGAGAUUACAUUUUGGCUAUAUGGGCGUUAUUAGGUGUAUUUGUCUCCUGUUUGUGUUCAUAAUGAACACUAGCUAUAUUUUCCUUAAAGUUAACAUCAAGCAAUCAAACCUGAGUACAGUGCAGAAAACAAGCAUCCACAGGUAAAACCUUAGGCCUGUGUCACCAUUGUGUGGGGUGCCCACUGGAAGAAUUCUAGCAUGCUAUUUAGGAACAUAAUUUCAGUGGGAAAUCUACCACUGUCAGAUUUUUCUUUUAUUUUUUGGAACGGAGCUAAGACAAUUGAUUCGCAGAGUUUUUCUUUCUUUUUGUUCAGUCCUAAUUUCAAUAGUUCAGGCAUUCCAGGUAACAGACGUGUAAGUAAAGUUAACGAAAAUAGGCUUUUUAGAAACUCAGCUCUUUAGAUAUUGCACCUGGCUUGUUAUGUUAAAUAUUUGUCCUGAAAGGGUUUGAGAUGUACAUCUUUUAUUUGGUAUUUUUCAUAGGCUGCCAUGUCAGAAUUAAAGUACCAAUGUCACACCGGCCCCGUGGGCCCUGCGCUCUCCAUGUGUACUCAUUGUGGUCUUAUUUAACCAGGGGUCCUAACCACUAACAUUGUGACUUUGCUUUGAGACCUUUCCUCUCCUGGGUACUGAGGUGCUAUGAAGCCAACUGACAGACACAUCACAUGUCUUAGGCUGAUGCCACUACCCAGUUGCUUUAUUUGCAAUUUGAGCCAUUUAAAGACCAAUAAACUUCCUUUUUUAAAAA